AUGUACAUCUCGUACAAACGUUACGUUUGGUCGGUCGAUCUGGACGGUAGGACGUACAACGGACCUUUAGCCUUCUUGAAUCACAUGAGCCUUCUUCACGACAAUUACACGCGCGUGACCGCUGCCUAUCAAUCCCCGUCCGGCAAUCUCAUGGUGUUCGUAGAUAAUUUGGUAUACUUGGUUCAAUAUCCGGAAUUUAGUCUGCGGCCAGGUUGGCCGAAGACCCUGCAAGAACUCGGAUUUCCCGAAAACGCGCUGAUCAACGGAGCGGUGAACACCCACAGAGGACGUUCCUACGUGGUGUUCAACGGUAACGCGGUGGGCGAGAUAGACGAAUGCGACCAGGACAAGAGAGUCGCCAAAUUUACGCCCCUCGAGGCGACGUUUCCCGGAAUACCGAAAGGCGUGACGUCGAUAUUCCGCUACAUCGACGGCAAUCUGUACUUCACCACUCGGUCGCAGUUCUACAAAUUCAACGAAUUUACGAGGACCGUCUCGUCGGCCGGUAAAUUCGAUCUGCGGAUACUCAAUAUCGUCUGCCCUAAGGCCGAACUGCUGCAGCAGUUGCGCAAUCUCCUCGAUCGAAUCGUACGCCUCAACGAUAACUCGCUAACGUCGGCGAGCGAUUAUUGGAACGAUGACGACAUCGGAGUUUGGCUCUCCAAUUUCCGCAUCCGCCGAAGGAAGUAG